AAAAAAAAGAAUCGACAGCAGGGAGGUGAAACUUCAGCCACAUGGCAGAAGCGCUGGAUGCACAAUGAACCAACCAUCUUCAAGAACUGGGGAAGAUUCUGCUUUUUAGAUCAAAUCCUCAGUAUUUUCCACGAGAAGAAGCUUAUGAGAAUUACUCGAAUACUCUCUGUGUAUUCAAGGAGGGAGAGGUGGGGACUGGGGUGAAAAACAUAGCUUUAAGAAACAGCCUUUAGAAACGCUCACUGUGGACCCAAAACGAACUCAAGUGGAGGUUUCUGACUUAACAAAGACCCUCCCUCACACCCUGCCAUUGGCAGAGGCUCAGGAAGACCAAGGCCUGGACUUCCAUGGAAUGUGCAAGUUCAGCGUGUUCCAUGAGGGGGCGCCCAUUGCUAGCCCCACUUUGCAGAUUCAGACGCUGAUCCUGGCAGGGCAGCCAAGCCCUUGUAGGUAGUGGGUGAGGUUGCAGGGCUGUCUGGCCCCAGCGGAGGCCACUGUCUGCUUGGGCACUUUUGACGCAGGGCGUCUCUGUGGUGUUCUGCAAAGGAUGUGCCAGGUGCUAUGAUGAGUGCCACAGCGCUAGGAGGAGUGACCCCAGCAAACCCUGGGCAGGUUCUAUCUGGGGUGCCAGCCCCUGGCUUCUACUCUCCAGGCUGUCUACUCAGGGGUCUGGGCGUGGCAGGCAGGUGAACAGGCUGGGCCCUCCCAAGAUGGGAGGUGACAAACUUCUAAAUCAGGACCCUGCCUCUGGGACACCAAGGGUCCCUGCAUUGUGCAGAUGGCCUUCAGAGAAACCUGUCCCUCUCUCCGCUCUGCUUGCCCCAAACUGACCCCCAGAGGCUGGCCCAGUUCCUUCCAUCACUGGCCUUAUGUUCCAUCCAAUAUCUGAGAUGCAGUUAAAUUUGCCCAAAGGCAAAGCUACCAGAGUUUUGGCUGAAGAUGACAGCCACGAUGCUUCAGACGCAGUGCUCAGGCUGUACCAGGCUAUUCUCCUGCCUGUCUCAUAAGGAGCUUCCUUCCCUGACAGGGCUUAGCACUGACCCCUGCGGCUGCUGCCUGAGCCUAGGUCCGAUAGCAAUGUGGGGAGAACUUGUGCUCCCUCCUGGAGAGAUCCAGACCCUGGCAGCCCUGGAUGGGGACCGGAGCUCCCUGGCCUUGUGUUUCCCGUCUCCCGUGUAGACCUCCGUUUCCCUGAUGGGCAAGGUGUUGCGUCCCUUGUGUCUGAUGAGCCAUGACAUGGCUACGUGAACAGUACCACAGCCAGACCUGACUAGCUUUUGGCCACAGCUGCAGGGAGGACACGGGCCUGUGUUGCCUCAGGACUGCUUGUGGUUCCAAGUGGUGAAGCCCUGUCACUGGUACAGGUGAGUGGGAAAGGCUCGGCCACUCUCACCUGCUCAGCCAUUGGCAGGCCCAGGGCUGGGGGAAAUUCAUGGGCAGGGAGGAAACUGACCAACAGCAGAGUUAGGCACACACAGCAGUUCCUGUUUGCGCUGCCUGACUUCCGAGUUUUAAAUACAGCCCAUUAAGGCAAUUAGAGAAUUGGUUCCAAAGUUUAUCUCCUCUGAUUCCAAGAGAUAAAAGAAGGCCUAAUUUAUUUUACCUUUGGGUAAAACGUAGCUGAUUUGGGACUGUCUGGUUUUAAAAAAUGACCUAGACACAAAUGAACAAAACAAAAAUGGUUUCGGAGAGAAAUUGAUCUGCCUGACCCUCCCCUUUUUAUGUGGCGUAUCUAUGCUUCAUUGCUUAAAAAAAAAGGUGUUUAAUAAUUACCCCUAUUGACCUCUGUACCUUCUUGACUUCCUCCAUUCCUGGGCACAAGACAUGGCCAUUCCUAGGGCUGGACCGUGCAGGCACGGGUGGUCAGCUGGGCUGCGGCUCCUCCGGCUCUGCAGGGUCACGGAGGAAGUCUCCUGGAACCAGCAGGAGGAAACAUGGGGGAGACCGGCCUGAGAAAGCGGAGAGAGGAUGAGAAGUCCAUCCAGAGCCAAGAGCCCAAGACCACCAGUCUCCAAAAGGAGCUGGGCCUCAUCAGUGGCAUCUCCAUCAUCGUGGGCACCAUCAUCGGCUCCGGGAUCUUCAUCUCCCCCAAGUCUGUGCUCAGCAACACGGAAGCCGUGGGGCCCUGCCUCAUCAUAUGGGCGGCUUGCGGGGUCCUCUCGACGCUGGGUGCCCUGUGCUAUGCAGAGCUUGGCACGAUGAUCACCAAGUCUGGGGGUGAGUACCCCUACCUGAUGGAGGCCUACGGGCCCAUCCCCGCCUACCUCUUCUCCUGGGCCAGCCUGAUCGUCAUGAAGCCCUCGUCCUUUGCCAUUAUUUGCCUCAGCUUCUCCGAGUACGUGUGCUCGCCCUUCUACCCAGGCUGCAAGCCUCCUGAAAUUGUUGUGAAAUGCCUGGCUGCUGCUGCCAUCUUAUUCAUCACGACGGUGAACUCACUGAGCGUGCGGCUGGGAAGCUAUGUCCAGAACAUCUUCACUGCAGCCAAGCUGGUGAUCGUGGCCAUCAUCAUCAUCAGCGGGCUCGUGCUCCUGGCCCAAGGAAACACAAAGAAUUUUGAGAAUUCUUUCGAGGGCGCCCAGCUGUCUGUGGGAGCCAUCAGUCUGGCAUUUUACAAUGGACUCUGGGCCUACGAUGGAUGGAAUCAACUGAAUUACAUCACAGAAGAACUGCAAAACCCUUACAGAAACCUGCCCUUGGCCAUUGUCAUUGGGAUCCCCCUGGUGAUGGCAUGCUACAUCCUCAUGAACGUGUCCUACUUCACCGUGAUGACCACCACCGAGCUCCUGCAGUCCCCGGCCGUGGCUGUGACAUUUGGUGACCGUGUUCUCUAUCCAGCUUCUUGGGUCGUUCCACUUUUUGUGGCAUUUUCAACCAUCGGUGCUGCUAAUGGGACCUGCUUCACAGCGGGCAGACUCAUUUACGUGGCGGGCCGGGAGGGCCACAUGCUCAAAGUGCUUUCUUACAUCAGUGUCAAGCGCCUCACUCCAGCCCCUGCCAUCAUCUUUUACGGUGUCAUAGCAACUAUUUAUAUCAUCCCUGGUGACAUAAACUCGUUAGUCAAUUAUUUCAGCUUUGCUUCGUGGCUCUUUUAUGGCAUGACGUUUCUAGGACUCAUUGUGAUGAGAUUUAAAAAGAAAGACCUGGAAAGGCCGAUCAAGGUGCCCAUAGUCAUCCCUGUCCUGGUGACGCUCAUCUCCGUGUUUUUGGUUCUGGCUCCGAUCAUCAGCAAACCCGAGUGGGAGUACCUCUACUGUGUGCUGUUUAUCCUGAGCGGCCUUAUAUUUUACUUCCUGUUUGUCUACUUCAAGUUUGGAUGGGCUCAGAAAAUCUCAAAGCCGAUUACCAUGCACCUUCAGAUGCUCAUGGAAGUGGUCCCACCGGAGGAAGAACCUGAGUAACAAGCUCCAUCUCUUGUAGCUAAGUCAAAGCUGAAUUUAUUUUCUUAAGCAAAAUUUGUGGUUAUUUCUUCUUGAUUUUUUUCUUAUGAAUAAAAUAUACUCAGAUGUUUA